CUUCACAAGACUUAACCAGAUUUUUAGUAAGGUAUGGUCAGACUCAAGCAGAGAUACAUUCUCUUCGAUAUCCUUUAUCCACCCAAAGCAGAGCCUCGAAACUCUUCUGAGCGAGAAGUUUUUGAGAGUUUCCAUAAAUCCCCAGAAGAUGCCUUAUUACGAAUGCAUCGGUCAUCACCACAAUCGAUUGAUGGGAAGUCGAUUAUCCGAGCAACAAGGAAGGCUAUACAAGACCAUUACGGCGAGUUUGGAGCUGGGGCUGUUGGACAGGGACUUAUGAUGAAAUAUUUCAGUAACAAGACCUCUACCGGGAUUAUACGAUGUGGUAGACAAUCAUGUCCUAUGGUGGUUGCCUCGUUGGCUUUAAUCAAUUGUAUUGGGAAAGAAGAUAUUAUUAUCAGAUGUGUUCAUAUAAGCGGUACAAUAAAGAAGUGUGAAGAGUUUCUGAUUGCUCGAAACAAAGAACUCAUGAUUAAAUUAGGGCAUUUACAAGAUGACAAAAAUGAGUUUAAUAAUAUACUCAAUGCAUUCCAAAACACCGGUGAUGAUUUUGCUAAUGUGAAGGACAAUUCUGAAGAUGAAGAUGAAGAUUAAACGAUGUGAAUUGAUA